AUGAUGGGCAAGGCUGGCGGCUGCACUCGCAACCUCACACCGCAGCCUGACGCACACACGCCCAGCGUCACUCGAGACUCGGCUUCCAGUGUUCAGGUCCGAAGGCCGCUCUUCCCCGGAGCCAGGCAUGUGUGUUUAAAGCUGUGCAUCUGUCUGAGAGCCUCGGUUUCCCUUUCAAUGGGAGACGCGCAUUCUCGGAUCAGCGCAGCCUUCCCGGGCCACGGGGCACCUCCGCCCCCACCGCGGCUCAUCCCCCUUAAUGAGCUCGGUUUGCCCCAGGAGGGAAAACAUCCGAUCAAACUUGGGGAAAGCGUGUUCUUCGGGAAGAAGGAGACAACCAGAUUACGCUUCUCAUCAAAGUUGAGUUUUCCUCUAAUGGAUCUCAGAAAAGGACGGCAUGAUGGCUCUGCAGGAAAACGGGGUGGGGGGCCACGGAGGCCAGACGUCCAGCCGGCCCGCUGGAGACGCAGGCGUCCACGGUCUCCGCGGGGAGCUCACCCCUCCACACUUGCCGUGUGGACGCCUCCACCCCAAGCCCGUCACCGAUGCUGCUCUGGCCGCACGCAGGUCCCAGGACCGCCCGGCGCUGCCCCCCACCCACCUGUGGGGAUGCCGUCUCUUCUUGGCAGGGUCCUGGGUGCAGCGGCCGUCAUCACUAACUUAUUAGAUCUUCAGGCAAUUAGCUGA